GAGGUGGGCAGAGCAGACACAGUCCCCCGAGCUGCCCUGUCAUUGGACCUUUGCCAGCGGCUCCCUGGAUUGCUAAGUAACUGAGACCAUUUUAGCAGGAAGUAGAGACCAUCACUAGAGCUGAACGGAGAGAGCUAGGCAGAGUAGAGGAGUGCAGGCAGAGUAGAGGAUACGGGCCUGGCAGACAUGUGCUGGCUGUGACUCUGGUUUCUGCCACUCACUGUCUCUGUCAUCGCGGCAGGUUCUUGGGCCUCAGCUUUCUUAUAUUGGAAAUAGAAAUAAUAAUGAGUUUGUAGAGUUAAGCAGCCUACCUCACAAGACUGUUGGUAAUCCAUAAGGAAACUUAGGGGUACAAAAGCUUGGGCGUACACUGGAGUCCCUUUUAGCUUCCUGUUGAACACAACCACAUGGCCCAGAGAGGCCUGGUGUUCUACGAAAUUAAGCAAAGUAAAUUAGCAACUCUGGUUGUACUUAGCUAGUGAUUAAAUAACAGUUUAGUUAAUAGGCUGUUAAUGGUCCCCAGGUGUUGGUAAUUCUGGGUAUUUGCUUUUGAGAGCAGUUGUAUAAUUUCUUCUGGUACUUAGAUUUUUCUUUAACAGAAAAAUUAAAGUGUAAUGGAUGAUGCUCUCAAGAGUGAUUUAGGGGAAGGUGAAAUGAUAUACUGCACCUAAAGCACUUGGUAUACAGUCUUAACUCACAAUAAGAACUCAGUAAAACUUAUCUGCUCUUACUGGGGCUCAACCUGGCCACCCCUAAGGCAGAACUCUGAAAUGUAGACACUCCCACCCCCAGCCCAUCCCUUUCCAUCACCACCUGCUGGCAGCCAGCGGUACUGCACACACCCGGCAAGGAAGAAUGCUUAAACCACUUGACAGUUUCAGCUCUACCAAGUGUCACAGAGACCGAACCUCAGAGUGUGGUUUGUUUGCCUGAGAGCCAAGAUCAUAGAACAUUAAGCAAUGAAAGGACGUCUUUCACCUCCACGGUUGGGUGGAAUUAGAAUGUUAGCAACAAGAGCAGAGGAAGUGAUGGGCAGAUAGACUAGCGUGCUGUAGGUGGGACGUAAGUCAGUUACAGUUUACAAAGACAGUUUGAGUGCUUUCAUCUUUUGAGGCAACAAUUCCUCUUCUAGAGGUUUAUUUUUUUUGAAGCAAUAGUCAAGUAAGAGAUAUUUAUUUAGAAAGUAAGCAUAUACAAAUAUAUGCUACAUAUAAAAUAGCUUUACACCUAACAGAAAAAAAUAGGCCGAAACCCUUUUCAUUUGUCAAUUAGAAAUCUGAGUCUUUAGAGAAGCCAUUCUUAAGAGAAUGGGGGACACAUGGGGAGAGUAGACGUAUCAUGUCUGCUGAGGCAGAGGUGUUGGUGUGGGGGAGUCAGAGUAGGCUCUGGGAGCUAUCUGUUUUUUAAGGACACCCACUGUACCCACUGACUCGAUAGUAAAAGCCAAAGAAGGUUGGACAUGGUGGGUUGUGAGAUAGAGAUGAUAUGGAAAAGGGAAGCUGUGCAGGACCUGUGUUCACAAAUUUUAGUUUGGGAAACAUGGGAUUAUAGUGAAUAGACAUAUUAAUGAAGGCGAAGAAUUAAUUUUGACCUGUGGGGAAAGGGAGCCCUGACUGAGUGCCACUCUGGGACUAUGAGAGUCAUAUAAUCAAAGCACAGGUUUGAAAGUUUAAAGGAGCCAGGGUCAUGCCCUUGAAGAAAAAUGGCCCCUUAUUUAGCUUUGCAAGGUCUGAGGCACACCCGCCUCUGGCACGUGUUUGGUUGUCUUUGUAACUGUGGUACUAGGUGUGCCCAGUGUGACGGUGAAGAGAGAAGUCUGGUGGCGGAGGGCCUAGCCCUCCCUGGUAGUAUUCAUUCUAAGCCUGCCUUGGGGUGAGGUGUAGAGCAUUGUGAAGGCCCUCAUCAGACUCUGUUACCCUCAUUUAAAGGCCCAGUUUCCAGACUUUCUGCUGGCCUGGUCUGCUCCGGCUCAUUUUGACACAACAGGAUCCCUCUCAGCAGGCUAGCUAACGACCAGGAGAAGUAAGAGUGGAAAAUGCAAAACAACGAAAUUAUUAAACCGGCCAAAUACUUCUCAGAGCUGGAGAAGAGCAUCUUGCUUGCUUUGGUAGAAAAGUACAAGUAUGUGUUGGAGUGUAAGAAAAGCGAUGCGCGAACUAUUGCCCUCAAGCAGCGCACCUGGCAGGCACUGGCCCACGAAUACAACUCUCAGCCCAGCGUGUCGCUGCGGGAUUUCAAACAGCUGAAGAAGUGCUGGGAGAACAUCAAGGCUCGGACCAAAAAAAUUAUGGCCCAUGAGAGAAGGGAGAAAGUGAAGCGCAGCGGGAGCCCACUGCUGAGUAACCACGUCCUGGGCAAGGAGAAGAUCGGCAACAUGCUGCCCGAGCAGCUGUACUUCCUGCAGAGCCCACCCGAGGAGGAGCCCGAAUACCACCCGGAUGCAGCUGCCCAAGAAUCCUUUGCUGUUUCCAAUAGAGAACUGUGCGACGAUGAGAAAGAGUUCGUCCAUUUCCCAGUAUGUGAGGGGACCUCACAACCCGAACCUUCGUGUUCAGCCGUCAGAAUAACAGCCAAUAAAAACUACAGGAGCAAAACCCCUCAGGAAGGUGCUUUAAAAAAGAUGCACGAGGAAGAGCACCAUCAACAAAUGUCCAUCUUACAGCUGCAGCUGAUCCAAAUGAAUGAGGUGCACGUGGCCAAAAUCCAGCAGAUAGAGCGGGAGUGUGAGAUGGCCGAGGAAGAACACAGGAUCAAAAUGGAAGUCCUCAAUAAGAAGAAGAUGUACUGGGAAAGAAAAUUACAAACUUUUACCAAGGAGUGGCCUGUUUCCUCAUUUAACCGGCCCUUUCCCAAUUCACCCUAAGAUUUGGGGAUGGCGCCCUUGUAGUGAAUCUGUGCUGGCAAGUUUGGGAUGUGACCUCUGCGGUCAGUAGCCUGUGACAGACCUACGACUAGGUGAAUUAGAGUGGUAGCAGUCACUUAUUUAAGAAUACAUUCAGGUAAACAGCUGCACCCCGUGAAUCCCUAACUUGGCCACGAAGCUGUUCCAGUCUCUGAAGACCACCACUAUGCGUGCUAUCAUUCUGAAUGUAAUGUUUCUUAAUUAGAAUUCAUAGAAGAACCCUGUGUGAGUGUUGUAUUUUUUAUUUUAUUUUAUUUUAACGAAAUGCAAGUGUGAUGAUAACGGAGUGGCUGGUGGUUUCUACUUCAUUCUUUGGUGGUGGUUUGUUUGUUUCCAUCGGACAGUGGAGCUUUUGCACCCAGGUGUAAAGGCCUCCCACUGUAGCGGCUGCCCCGUGUGGCUGUGUCUCCAUUUUUUGGUGUUGUACUCUGAGUCUGGAUGGAUGUUUGGAAAGCCCAGCCUUUGGAAGGGCGUUUCCUAACAGGGCUCACAAACUUCCUCUCAAGGCUUUCCCCAAAGAGGCUUUCUAAGUAGUGUCUCCCACAAUGGUGGUUUUAGUAGAAGUAGGGAUAUAACAGCUUUGAGGGUUUAAUGUUCAUUUAGGUUCCUACAUCCUGUUUGUUUUAUUAAAAACGUCUUAAAAUGUUAUAGUUUACACUGUGUAUGUUUUUGAAGGUGCUGCCAUCCCAGCCCAGAUCCCUCCCAACUUUUUACUACUGAGUGAGUGGUUGCCCUGACUUUCUUUAGUCUCUAACCUCCUUAGGAAAGGCCUUGCUCUCGCUGUGCUCAUCAAGGUAUUAGCUGAUGGUAAUGCUGUAUUGCUGGUGUUGCAUCGUCAGUCGGGACUAGGCUUUCUAAGGAUCUGUUACUAACAUAUGUGGAGCUACGGAUGGAUAAAUGGGUGUUUUGAUUGAGCUCUGAGGCUUCUGCUGUAGCCUAAUGUUUUAAAAAAAAAUGGUCCUUUAAAUCAUUUAGAGUUGGGGGCAGUAGUAGCUGGAAGUGGCAGAGUGACAGUUAAGUGCCCAGGCAGAUGAUCAGUUUCUGAGAAUGAGGUUCUGUGCGGGGCGGGGGAGCGGGGGAGCGGUCAGGGCUGGUGUGCUAAGUGUGGCUCUGCCUAGAGGUGCUGUGUGACUCUGGCUAACUCCUUAAAACCUUGACCUGGUGCUUCCUGUCCACAGAACAAGGCAGUUGAGCUAUAUAAUGUUUGGAGCCUGUUCAGCUCUUUAACCGUGGUGUGGCGUGUACCACCCUGUGUGCAUACUGCUGACGUCAUGGCAGCCGGGAGGGCAUGGGUCUACACAGGGUUGUCUCCAGUGUAGACCAAAGUGGCCAAGCUUUGGAAUUUGGGUCCUGGGGCCUGUAAGGUUUUGUAAGGUUCUCACAGACUCACAAUUUGUGCACUGCAUAGAACGUAAGCAGGUAUCAAUUUUGUACAUUGAAUCUAUUUUAAAUAUUUUAGAGGAAUUAGUCCAUUAUUUUAGAUAUAUCCCGCAAUGAGAGACUAGUAGUAGGAUCCUCUCUUGAGGAUUUCUGUUCUUAGUUUUUAUUCAAUGGAUCCUUCAGAGAAUGGAGGGUUUUAAAGUUUCCAGUUCAGAUGGUAUGUGGAAGAUAGAAAUUGACUCCCUGUGUCCCCUUCAGGAUCAGGACAGGGAUGGAAAGGUCUAAACACAAAUGUAAGAUGAAGAGGGUUGCCUUUGCUUCACCUACUGAUCUAUCCAAACAUCUUAUUAAUAUGCACAUCCCAGAGAAAGGCGUGAGAUUCUUUCUGCUUUUCUUGCAAUCCCAGGUUUUGCCUGAUCUGAUAGUCUGCUCAACACACCUCAGAAUGACAGGACUUAAAGGGACCUUAGUAAGUUUUGCAUCUUUUGUAUACAGUGAUGUGCUGGUUAUGCUUUUCUGAGAAAUUAUGACUUAAACUCACAAACAGCAACAUAGAAUAACAAAAAAUUCCCCACACCGUAGUGCAUUUUAAUUGGACUAUAAAAGUACUGAACUAAUUCCUGACUGAACAAAUACAGGAUAAUUAAGCCAGAGCCGAAAACCCCUUGCUGUACCGCUAAUGGUAUUUAUGAGUUUACAAUAGUGGUUUGCAAUAUUUGACUAUGUGUUAGAAAUAAUAUUUUAUAAAUAAUUAGUCCCGCUGAGUCUCACUUCCAGAGGGUUCUGAGUCAGUUGACUUGGGGUGGGGCCUGAUAUUCAGUAUUUUUGGAACCUUUAUAGGUGAUUAUGACUAAUUGAGAUUGAGAACCACUUUGUGCAGAGUUCAUGAGUGUGUUUCUAUUGAUUCUUAAGUCCACACAGCCAUGAAGAAGUAAGGAAUUGAUGCUCAGAGAAGAACCCAUCUGGCUCGCGGCCUGUUGCUCGUAAAUAGCAAAGGAGAACUACAGGCAGGGUCUCUUGGUUCUGGAACACACCGUCCCACCUGCUGCCUUUCCCCUUUCUCUGGCAGCCGUAGCAAGAGUUUAGAUUAUGCUGAGACCUGGAUAAUGUUACAGAGUGCUUGCUGAAGCAUCUUCAUUCAUGAACAAACACAGCACAUCCCCAUUCAUUUUAUUUUCAAGCCUUCUAUUACCUGAGGUAGAAAUGCAAUAACCAUUUCUUGAAAUGAAUUGUGGGGUAGGUACAUAUUAAGAUACAUAAUUAAAAAUAUUAAGACAUGGUUCAACAUCAUAGACGUUGCCCAGGAAGGGGGAGGGUUUCUACACAGCGGACUGUGGAUUUAACACAUCGUCAAAUGCUUUUCUAGUUGAUAGAAAACUAAGAAAAAACAAGGAAAGGAAUCAUAGAGGGGUGGUAUUUGAAUUGAGUCUUUAGAGCUGACAUUUUGGCAGGUGGGGAUUUGGAAAGCAGAGCAUAUCACUAGAUAACACGUAGAUGGGAGAGAGAAAAGUGAGGUAGAGGGGAAUUUUCAAAUUGGAUCAAAACUGUGCAGCAGGAGGAAAAUCAGAAGAUGGAACUGAGAGGAGAGGAGGCUGGAGUUGGGGAUUACAAGUAGCAGGGUUUGGCUUUGGUUAGGUGAGGGGUCAGGACCAGGAGGAGGUAGUGAAGAGACCAGUGUGAAGGGUAGACUCAGACUUGGUGAUGGUUUUUGUUGGAGAGGAGUGGAUGGUGUUCAGAGCUAGACUCGUGAGAGAAUAAUACUGAUAACUGAACCGAAGGGACGAUGCAGAUGUCCUCUAGGACACAUGACCUGUCCUGGAGGAGCCUAGGGACAAACACUGGUGCUUGUUCUCGGCUCUUUGGCUGUCAUGUCUCUGCAGUGACUUUCUCCUCUUCACCUGUUCGCUUGAACUAGCCCUGCCAGGGCCUUAGUCACGUGACUCACUUGGCACUGCCUCUGUCACCAACAUCCCCAUCGCCACCAGAGGCACAUUGGAUAUCUCUUACGUUGGGUUGCUCUAAGAUGAGCAGAGGAGGGUCUUUUUUUGUAGUUGCUUUGGGUUAUUUUUUGGUGGGGGGUGGGUGGCCUCCAGUUUUUCUCUAGAUAGUUGGUACCCACCAAUUCGAGGUGGUUUUUGCUUGUUUGUUUGUUUAGUUUUAUGUCUCAUGUUGAGUAGAGAAGUCCUGGCUGAAAAAGGUUGGUAACCUCCAUGUCUGCAUAUCACAGCCCUUUAAAAAAAAAAAAAAAAAUCAAAGACAGGAUCCUACCCAGUGGGUGCACGAUUUAGGAAUGGUCCAAGGGUUUUGCCGGGAUAAUCUUUAAAUGCAUUUUCCUUUUGAUCCACGUCAGAGGAGACUAGGAAGCAGAGAUGGCGGGGUAGGAGAGUACAUUGGAGGUGUCAGCGGUCUCUGCAGGGUCAAGUCAGUGACAUCAGCACUUGGUCUAGACUAGAGGGAAGGAAUGAUUGUGCCUCCUGGGAAUGUUGCAAGGACCUGAUCAUUAUAGUUGGCAAAGCUCUGAGGAGUGGUUCCGUGGUGCCACUGCUAAGAGUGACCCUUUCAGAAACCUUUCUGGACGCCUGAGCUUUUCGGAUGGACGGAGGGAGGGCGCUUCAUUUCUGCAGUGCCUUCCUUCCUGCUGGGCUGUUUCCCAGGUGGUCCUCCUGCUCCUCCCCACCCUUGCUUCCUUAUCUGUAUUUUCUCUUGUCUCCCCUCCCCCCAGCCCCGUUUCUCCAGCCCCUUCUGCCCUCACCACAGCCUCCACUCUCCCACGCUGGAGGUGGAAAGUCUGAGGAUGCUGGUGCUGGAUAUGCUCAGAGGACAGCUCAUUCAGCGCCUGAGGUAGCCUCAGUCCACGCUUCCGUGAUGUGCUUCCAUGCUGCAGUCGCUACCUUUGUGUUCAUGGGACUCCAAAGUCUUGGGAAAGGUGACCAGGAACCUGUGACAGCAACAGAUGCUUUCCCAAGUGUGCCAUAUAUUAUGCUCUUCAACACAGUUUACUAAUCUCUGCCUCAGUUUCUCCAUCUGUGAAAGUGAUGUAAUACUUAUCUACCUCCCUUGGAUGUUGUGAAGAUUAGUAUGUGUUGGUAAAGCACUUUUGAAAUAAAGACUGAUACCAAGCAUUUGA